AAUAGCGAGAACAUCCUUGUGUUACCAACACUUUCCAGCACAAAUUCCAAACACAGCCCCGUACCAGCCACUGUGAGGAAAAUGAACUCUACACCAGCCAAAACCAGCACACUGAGAUAGGACUGUGGUGAGACAGAUGACGUUGCAGGAGCAAGGUCCGCCACUCAUCUACUGUGUUGUGCUUGAUAUCCCGUGUCGUGAAAAUUAUUUGAAUGUUGUUACGUUUUUAAUUUGUUUUCACCAGUUAAAAUUUUUUUUUAUGUCAGUGGAAAAAUCAGAAAUACUGCCUGAAGGAAAACUUCAUGUGAAAAAAGUCUUUGUUCCUCAGUUUCUGCUAGAAGAGUAAGGAAAAAAGUUUGGGAUUUGCUUUUAGCAACACUUCUGAAGUGUACAAGCUGUAAGAGAAGCAUAGCUGUUUUAUUUUUUUCAUAGUGUAUUUAAUACACUUUAUAAUGUCUUCAGCAAGAAGAAUGGGUAACAAACUGGAAAACAAAAGAAAGAGCAAGAAAGAAAAAACUCAAGAAAUGUCUGCCAAUUUGAAGUACCUUUCCUUGGGUAUCCUGGUUUUUCAGACCACAAGUUUGGUCUUGACCAUGCGUUAUUCCCGGACACUGAAAGAAGAAGGACCCCGAUACUUAUCCUCUACUGCAGUAGUUAUUGCUGAACUUCUGAAGAUUUUGGCCUGUGUUCUGUUGGUCUACAAAGACAGCAAGUGCAAUUUACGGACUCUGAACAGAGUGCUGCACGAUGAAAUCCUUAAUAAACCCAUGGAAACUCUUAAACUUGCUAUUCCUUCGGGAAUUUACACUCUUCAGAACAACUUGCUGUACGUAGCAUUGUCAAACCUAGAUGCAGCCACAUACCAGGUUACGUACCAACUGAAAAUUCUCACCACAGCAUUGUUUUCUGUGUCCAUGUUGAGCAAGAAAUUGGGUGUAUACCAGUGGCUGUCAUUAGUAAUAUUGAUGACAGGAGUGGCAUUUGUACAGUGGCCUUCAGACUCUCAAGCAACACCUGCUAAGGAGCAUUCAGCGGGGUCGCAGUUUGUGGGGCUGAUGGCAGUGCUCAUAGCCUGCUUUUCUAGUGGAUUUGCUGGGGUUUAUUUUGAGAAAAUUUUAAAGGAAACUAAGCAAUCUGUGUGGAUCAGAAACAUUCAGCUUGGAUUUUUUGGUAGCAUAUUUGGACUGAUGGGCGUAUACAUUUAUGAUGGAGAACAAUUGUCAAAGAAUGGAUUUUUUCAAGGAUACAAUAAACUCACUUGGGUGGUUGUUGUUCUACAGGCACUUGGAGGGCUGGUAAUUGCUGCUGUUAUAAAAUAUGCAGACAACAUUUUAAAAGGAUUUGCAACUUCUCUUUCUAUUAUACUGUCAACACUGAUCUCCUAUUUCUGGCUGCAAGAUUUUGUCCCUACAAGUGUCUUUUUCUUCGGAGCCAUCCUUGUAAUAGCAGCUACUUUCCUGUACGGUUAUGAUCCCAAACCUGCAGGAAAUCCCAUUAAGGCAUAGCAGACUUCCUCAUCAGCCUGCUUCUCAAGAUCAUGCACUGGGGGCCUUGCUAGCAAUGGCAUGUGGGAAGUGUCAUUGUGCACUGCAAGGGAAGGAUUACUGCCCUGAAGAAAUGCUGAUGAUAGUUCUGAAAACCAGAGGCUUACAGGUGGAUGAUGACACUGAUCUGUAACCCAUGGGGGGGGAAUGUCGGGGGAAUACCCAGUGCAACUUGCUAAUAAAAACUUGAACCAAAAGUUUCCAAGAAACUACAAUUAGGAAUGUUUACAGCUUUGACAGAGAUUGCAUCAAAAGAAUUUACUGUAUUGACUGCUGCAGAAAAAUGUCCUAUGCACUCUUUGAAAGAGCACAUGACAACGUUGUCAGAUUGUAUGUUUUUGCGAUUUGAUUAUAUUUAAUCUUAGUAAAUGUUUUUAACUGUUUGUCUAUUUACGUGUAAUGAGCUGAACAUCAUAGAUCUAAAGUGAUGGUUCUAAUUAGGUAUUCCUUAUUAAAACUGUGAAAAUUGAAGUAUGAUUGAAAGACACUUUCACAAUAUCAAAUAUUUUUAUAUUUUUAGAAAGCUGACUUAAUAACAGAAAUCUGUUAUUAAAUGAUAAUAUUAUAAUUCUGUUGCUUAUAUAGAAGUAUUGUAAGAAUGUUAACAUUCUCACCGAGGUACGCAAAGGGAGAAAUUCAGAGUGAAAGCUAGAAAUCCAUGUUGAUACUCCAGCCUCCAUCAGCCUGUGGUGUUCCAACAGAUGGAAUAACUCUGGGAACACCGGCUGGAGGUUACGGCACUAACCUGGUGGUAAGAUUAGGGUUAUGAUGGGUGCUUGCUCAGAUGUAAUGUUCAUUCUUGUUAUUUUUAUUGAUUAAAAAUCAACUUUUUGGUAGAACCUUAAAAGUAGUUUUUAUGCUUUAAGUAGUCUCUGAAGAUUUUCUUUAAACCACAAUUUAAAAAAAAAAAAAAACAUAAUAAAUGUUUUAAAGGCAUUAUAGUUGUCUGUAACAGCUCCAUCUGGAGCUACUAAGGUAUGGUAUCUGUAUACUGUACUGUACUUUAUUACAGAGGAGUUUUUUAAACAAGUGGUGUUUACUCAUGAACUCUCCAGUGCAUUUCUAUGUAAUGGCUUACUUAGUUUUGGUGAGGUUUUUUUAAUUAUUAUUUUAUUCUGAGAGUCCUUGAGCCAACAGACCAAAAUGGUUUCUCUGGAGCUAUUCAGUCUAGUAGUGGAAUUACUUUAAUAGGAAACAUAAUUAAAAAGUAAUCAAAUGUGCAAUAGCUAAAUGUAAAAGCAUGCUGUUGGUCUGUUUUAAACAAAAAAAAACU